GCCGACCUAGUGGAAUCCCUGGUGAACGAGAUGUUUACCGAGAUCCCGAUCGUAGUCACCGCCUCGCCGCUGGCAGAGUGCUUCCUGCUGGACUGGUCCAUCACCAACCCGCUGGCGACGACUUCACAGGUCGAGACGCUGGAUGUGGAGAACCAGGCCUUCUUCGAGAAGAACGUGCAGCUUCUUAGCUCCUCCUUGGCUAACUUGGCGGAGGAGCAGACCAAGAUGGCCAUGUACGAGAGGAAUGCCGGUCGAAAGGGCGAUGACAAGGUGGACACAUUUCGGGCUCAAAGGCGUCAGUACACGGCUUUUACGCAGAAACGGUUGCUGCAAGUUUGCCAUCGCGAGAAGAUUGCAAACUGCUGCUAUUGCUGGCAUAACGACCUAACAAAGCCCACCAUGAGAAAGUCUUGGCCAUCCGUGUCAGCAUUGGUGACGCGAGCACCCCAAGCUGCAAUGCAAUGCAUGUUGGAAAAGAGUUUUAUCAACAAGACAACUUGUCGAACUACCUCGAGUUUUGGAGUAGCCAGUCCUGACAUUCCCAGCGGCAGAGUAAGUUGCUUGAACACGCGCUCCGAGUUCGGGAUCACGGGCGUUUGCCGUGAAUCAGGGCUCUACCAUCCGGGUGACACGCUGACGGCAGUGCAGGAGGAGAACAAACAACUGCGCUCCUUUCUGCAGACGCUUUCGUGGCCCAGGUUGACGGGUUUCGAAGCACAUGGAAAACUGUUUCAGUUGCCGGUAUCCUCAAAGGAAUCGUCUCCUUCAGAGUUUAUGCAGCCUCAGAGACUUAGUUAUCUCGCUGGCUUCUUCGACGGAGACGGCUGCGUUACUUCUUACGGAAACUUGUCUGGAUGUACCCUCAAAGUGGACCAGUCUUUCGUCCAGCCCGAAAUCCUACUACUCUUUCGCGACACGUUUGGUGGCAGCAUUUUGCGGGGCCGUGAUGGAACAGGCCUGAUAAGGCCAACGUUUUCAUGGCAAGUAUGCGGCAACAUGGCUCGUCGCGCAGCACACCUUCUUUCCCCGCACAGCAUCAUCAAGAAGAGGCAGCUUUUGCUGGCUGCCACAUGGCCAGAUGAGCAGGCAGACAGACAGACGGCCACCGUCGAGCUGCGGUCAUUGAAGCAACAUGACUCUGCCGUGGUUGGGUCCUGUAGCUGGGAAUACUUCACAGGCUUCUUUGAUGCGGACGGGCAUGUAGGGCAAAAGGGUCGCGCCUCACUUUGCCUCCAGUUGAGUCAAAAGCAUUCCACCGUCCUUCACUGUUUGCAGGGCUUCCUUCAGAGCGAGUGCGGGGUGGAUGCGCCGAUACUAUCUCACCGCGAGGAGUACAUGCUGAAAAUCUCCGGCACAUCGACCUGUAAGUUGCUUUUGCACGAGAUGUUACAGGCUGGGUUGAUCUGCAAGGCCAAGCAGGCAGAAACUGCAAUCCGGCUGACUCUUGAGAAUUGUGAUGACACCCGUGCUGCACUUGCGGCGAUGGUCGGCAACCAACGCUUUGGUCAGAGGUUAGACAAAGCUGGUGUCGAGCGAGCUUUCAAGAUCCGAGAUCUGCAGAGAAGGGUUCGAUGCCUGAUGCGGCGAGGAGAGGUUCAAGAAGCAGAGGCGAAGCUGAAGAAGGCCGCCGACAUGAAGGAAGCGCAUCAACUGCUCAAUGCACAGCAGGAGAACCGGGAGCUGCUGCAGUAUAUAAACUGGGUACAAGGAUUGCAGGGAAAUCUCUGGCAGGUUACCGACAGAGGCACAAGCCCCCACUGCCUGGCAGCUCUGUUCGGAAAGGCCAUCAACAACUACGCAGGAGAUGCCUUCAGCAAGGCUCCGCUUGGCUGUAGGCGCGCUUUGUCUCCCAUGUUUGUCGACAUGUUUCUCAGUCCCCGAUCGCAUGCACCAGACAUCUUCAAGCAGAAGUUCAUCUGCGUGACGGGCAUCUCCAUCACGGAUGUCCUUCAGGUGUCGAACAGCAAAACCACCGGCAAAAUUGAGCCGGAGGAGGUCCUCGAAGCCCUCGGCCCGGUGACCAAAGAUGAGGCGACCGGCAUGGAGCGAGUGGAGGUGAAAGCUGCGGGCUCCGGCAAGCAAGGCUUCGUGACCCUGAAGGGCAAUCAGGGCACCACCUACCUCCAGGAGUUCUCGCCUUUCACAGACUUCUGCACCGCCAUGGACAAGAAGAUCGAGGAGCGCCUGGCAAAGGUCAAGUCAGUGACAAGUUUCUUCACGCAGAAAGUGAAUGAGCUGGCACCGCACAGCAGUGGCCCGCUGUCAGAGGCGAAGGCAGAGCUGAUGAAGUUGCGGCCCAAGGCGUCGCAGCAGGCUACUGAGAUUCAGAAGAUCAAGAACAAGGUGGGCGCCGCGAAGAAGGACUUCUUCAAAGCCGAAGAGGCCGAGAGGACGGCUCACCUCGAGGCCAAAGAGCGAAGAGAAGCCGAGGCCCUCCUUGCUGAAGCCAACAAAACGUUGGAAGCAGCCGAGGCCGAGGGUGCAAAAGCCACCACCACCUCAGAGGCCCUAGUCGCCGCACAGGGCGAAGAGUUGAUGAAGUUUGCCACGCCUGCGACAGUAGCAGAGGAGAUGGAGGCGCUCGAGCCUUCUGCUUCCUCCUUGCUGAGCAAGGCCAAGGCGUCCUUCCUGGCGCAGACGAGGGAAAUCAAGGCUACGAAGGGGCCGAUGAUGGAGGCGAAGAAGGAGCUGACGAAGCUCAUCGCCAAGGCGGACAUUGCCCUGAGGAAAGUGAAGGCAGCUGCAGAGGCGGUGAAGAAAGCCUGCAAGACCAUCUCAGAGGCUGCCGACGCCAAGGCUUCCGCUGCUUUGCGGUCCGAGGCGGCCGAGAAGGGAGUCGCAGUGGACGAGCUCUUUGCGCAGCUUGCCGGUGAAGGCAACAGCACGCUGUCUCACGAGGCUUUGUGCAAGUGCCUGCUUGCUAUCUCGAGCCUGGAGAUCGCAGAGGAGCACGCCAAGCUCGUCUGCCGGAAGAUCGAGGCGCCAAGCAUCAGCAAGCGAAGUUUCCUGGCCUUCGUCCAAAGAUACUACGUGGUGACGGCCGCUGUUGCCAUCACUGGGGAGUUUGAGAUUACGAAG